UGAACGCAGGAACUACAGCUGCAGCUCAUACUGUUUGACAGCUGUACCUCCUGGGCCACGCUGGCAGCUCUGUCUCUCUUUGAGGUUUGCAACUAUUCGGCCAUUUGCCCUCCUUCCAGGAUCCUUUCUGUUUAUUUUGUGUCCAUUUCUCCGUUUUAGAACUUAAACAGCGUGGUUUCCAGGAGCUUCCACAGGAAUCCAGCUGGCCAUGGCCUUCCUUGGGAGUGCAGUUGGACGAGUUGUGGCAGUGCUGCGGCCUCCCCUCUCCCCUCUGUGUCGGGCGAGCACUCGGUCCUACAGCUCAGAGCACACCAAGGAAAAGAACGUGCCCUAUAAGAAGACUUUGAAACAGGAGGAUGGAGUCUCAUCUGGACCCACGAAGCCUUUGCCCAGGUCAGCCGAUGUGGUGGUGAUUGGAGGAGGCAGUCUGGGCUGUCAGACUCUUUACCAUCUGGCUAAAAUGGGGAUGACCAAUGCAGUUCUCCUGGAGAGAGACAGACUGACUGCUGGCACCACCUGGCACACUGCAGGCUUGCUGUGGCAGCUCCGUCCCAGUGAUGUUGAGGUAGAGCUCUUGGCCCACACCCGGAACGUCAUCAGCAAAGAUCUGGAGGAAGAGACAGGCCUCCACACUGGUUGGAUCCAGAAUGGAGGACUCUUCAUCGCCUCUAACAAGCAGAGACUGGAUGAGUACAAGCGACUAAUGUCGUUGGGAAAAGUAUAUGGCAUUGAGUCCCAUGUCUUAUCACCAGCGGAGACUAAGGAUCUUUAUCCACUGAUGAAUAUUGAUGAUCUGUAUGGUACGCUGUAUGUCCCAAAAGACGGUACCAUGGACCCUGCAGGCACAUGUACCACCCUGGCCAGAGCCGCCUCCGCCAGGGGAGCAACGGUGAUAGAGAACUGCCCUGUCACUGGUAUUCAAGUGCGAACAGACCACCUCGGGGUGAAGAAGGUGAAGGCAGUGGAGACGGCCCAUGGGACCAUUGAGACACCUUGUGUGGUGAACUGUGCAGGUGUGUGGGCCACCAAGCUGGGGGAAAUGGCAGGAGUCAAGGUUCCCCUUAUUGCAAUGCAUCACGCUUAUGUAGUGACUGAGAGGAUUGAAGGCAUUCAGAACAUGCCAAAUGUCAGGGACCAUGAUGCGUCAGUGUAUCUGCGCCUCCAAGGCGACGCCCUCUCUGUGGGUGGUUAUGAACACAACCCCAUCUUCUGGGAAGAGGUGUCAGAUAGGUUUGCCUUCAGCCUGUUUGACCUGGACUGGGAUGUAUUCAUGCAGCAUAUUGAGGGUGCAAUCAACAGAGUUCCUGUUCUGGAGCAAACUGGCAUCAAGUCAACUGUCUGUGGACCAGAAUCAUUCACAGCAGACCAUAAGCCGCUAAUGGGAGAGGCCCCAGAGGUUCGAGGUUUCUUCUUGGGUUGUGGCUUCAACAGUGCUGGUAUGAUGCUUGGAGGUGGUUGUGGUAAAGAGCUGGCUCACUGGAUCAUACAUGGCCGCCCUGAGAAAGACAUGUAUGGAUAUGACAUAAGGCGUUUUCAUAAUUCGCUGACAGACAACAAACGCUGGAUCAGAGAGAGGAGCCAUGAGUCAUAUGCAAAGAACUACUCUGUGGUGUUUCCCUUUGAUGAGCCGCUGGCCAGCCGAAACAUGAGGAAGGACCCUUUCCACCAGGUGCUGACAGAGCAAGGCUGUGUGUUCCAGGAGAGACAUGGCUGGGAAAGACCCGGCUGGUUCCACACAAGUGGGCCCGCUCCUGUUAAAGACUACGACUAUUAUGGAGCUUAUGACAUCAAGAGGAAUGUAAACUACAAAUACAAUGAACUCAUGGGCAAAGAGUACACCUUUGACUUCCCUCCACAUCAUGGUGUGAUAAAAAGCGAGUGCCUCUCCUGCAGACAUGAUGUAGCUGUGUUUGACAUGUCCUACUUUGGAAAGUUCUAUCUCACUGGACCAGAUGCCAAGAAGGCAGCCGAUUGGCUGUUCACAGCUGAUGUCAACAAGAAGCCAGGCUCCACUGUGUAUACCUGUAUGUUGAAUAAAAGAGGAGGGACAGAGGCUGACCUCACAGUGAGCAGACUGGAGCCCGGUGCUGCCAACCUGCCCCUGGCACCAGAAUCCAAUGCUGAUGCAUACUACCUGGCAAUAGGAGGUGGUGUAGCAGAGCACAACUGGAACCACAUAAAAACAGUUCUUCAUGACCAAGGCUUCCAAUGCCAGCUGACAGACCACUCCGAAGACAUGGGGAUGAUCAGCAUACAGGGACCAAAGAGUCGAGAAGUCUUAGAGAAGGUUUUGGACACAGACCUGAGUAAUGAAGCUUUCCCCUUCUCAAGCCACAAAGUUGUCAGUGCAGCAGGACAUCAGGUGCGAGCAAUGCGUCUGUCGUUUGUGGGAGAGCUCGGCUGGGAGCUGCACAUUCCCAAACAGUCUUGUCUUCCAGUCUACCAGGCUGUCAUGGCUGCUGGUGCAAAGCAUGGCAUUAUUAACUCAGGCUACAGAGCAAUCGACUCACUUAGUAUAGAGAAAGGAUACAGACACUGGCAUGCUGACUUGCGUCCUGAUGACACACCUUUGGAGGCGGGGCUUGCCUUCACCUGCAAACUGAAGAGUUCCAUCCCGUUCCAGGGUCGUGAUAGGCUGGAGAAACAGAAAGAGGAGGGACUGAGAAGGCGCAUUGUCUGCUUCACAAUUGAAGAGAAAGUGCCAAUGUUCGGUCUGGAGGCCAUUUUCCGCAACGGUGUUCCCGUUGGUCAUCUUCGGCGCGCUGACUAUGGCUUUUUUAUUGAUAAAACUAUUGGUUAUGGAUACAUCCGCAACCCCGGUGGUGGAGUGGUGAGUGCUGAUUUCAUUAAAAGUGGCGAGUUCACCCUGGAGAGGAUGGGAGUGACAUACAAGGCCAAGGCCCACCUCAAAUCUCCAUUUGACCCUGAGAAUAAACGCAUCAAAGGCAUCUAUGCCUGAGAAAAUCCACACAUAUAAGAACUGAAAAAAAGCAUCCUGGGUAAAGAACAGUGUGAGAGUUGGUGAGUUUUAUUACUUUUUACAUGUUUUUUUUUUUUUCAAAUCUCUGUCAAAUACAGGUUUCUCAAAUGUUAAUUUAUAUGGAUCAUUUCAUGGGACAGAAGUGGAUGUAAUGACGGCUGUGGUCAUUUUUAAACUAAACCUGUUGAAGGAAUUUAUGUAUUUUCACAAGACAUUUAAACAGGUCUUAUUUAUAAAAAUCAAACUGUUUGUACACCUUGGCAAACUGACUUGAAUCACCUCGUUACUGAAUGAAGAUUUUUUUUUUUAUUUAACCAAAUACUGAAACCGUCUUAAGCCAGUUUUUGACUAAUCUGAACAGUCCUAAUUCAUUUCAGAUCACAGUCAGUCAAAUCUAACUGAUUUUAAUCUGCAAAUAACCCUCAUGAGAUUUUUUUUAAAGCUCAACAGAAAGUCUUACCCUUUAUAACCCUGAGAUUAGGCAUGAGCCUUUGGACAGAAUUCAUAAUCGUGAUCGUGGGGGUGUUUGUGUGACAGAGGGAGAGUGAGUCUGUUUUAAAAUUAAGCAAAAACAGUUGUUUGUUACCAAAGAACUGAUAAAAGGGCUCAGAAAAGCAAUUACAUAUUUGCAUUUGUGUUUUUACUCUAUACUAUAGAUUCCCAUGUAGUAGUACUUUGUACUUUUUUUUUAUCUAACUCAAAGAGAGAACGUAAGUAAUUAUUUAGCUGUGUCAGCACCCAGUGUUUCUACCCUCUUCUUACUGCUAAAAUAUUUUUUCCCAUCUACCACUGGUACACUAUGUUGUGAAAUUUUGACAGACUGGCUGUAGACUUUCCCUGAUUCUUGUUGCCAAGUUUCACGUCUGUACCUUCAGCACUCUAGAGCCAGUGAUUGGUUUAAGUUGGAGGUGUAAUGCAUAUGCAGGAUUUUUAAAAAGAAUUUUGGAUUCUUUGGAUAAAGAAUUGAUGAAGUGUUAUAUGAAUUUGAUUUCUAUGAUUUUGGUUUUAUUUUAAAAGAUAAAUGAAUAAACUGCAGACCACAAUGCUUUUGUGCUGAACAAAAGCUGAUUUGAAAAAAGUUUUUUUUUAAUGGUUUGUUUUUUUUCAUCUGAUAUUUCCCAAACCGUUUGUCCCUCACAGCCAAUCAAAAUCUGAGCCACCGGACUCAAAAUUCUCCAAACAGUAUUCCUGUUUUUCUUUAGCUUGAUUUAAAAAACAACAGGAAGGGAGCAAAAACGAACAAACACCCAUGAUACUCCUCUUUGUUUACACUGACGUACACAAAUACAGUAUAAAGAAUGAGUUAACUUCAUAUAUUAAAUGAACUGCAGUGAAAAACCAGGCUGUAGGAAAGAAACAGGAGAUGUUUGUUCUUUUCUCACUUGUCUUUGUGAUGUCUGUUGCCGCACAUUGAACACAGAAUGUUUAUUAAUAUGAAGAGAUUCAUUUAUUGUGCCCAGAAGCUAUUCAUUGAAAAUGGUGCUUCUCAUGAGUGGCUUAGGUAAUAACUCGACGUAUAUGGAAAAUGUGAAACACACUGAUAAAACACUACAACCCAUUUACUCUGAGGUUUUGUGUAGCUGAUGUGAUUUUCCUUCCUUUCAAUGUGUGAUAUGAAUAUUGUGAAAGUCUUAGUGAAAGAAAAAGCUGGUGAAAAUGAUCCUUUAGUGCAAAUUUUUUAACUAUUAAAUGUCGAUCCUAAGAGGUACAUGUUCUGAUUUGUAAAGAAGAUGAUCAUCAUUAGAGGAAUGUGAUGGUCAGUCAAGUUAGUGUUAAUCUUUGUGUCCAAAACUAUUUGUGUAUUAAUAAAAUUUGAUUUUACU